AUAAGAGUAGCUCCAAUGGUUCAUUUGAGGACUUACUUGCAAUUUUAAAGUUAAUAGCUUAUCUAUCGGAGCAUCGCUUUUCCUUUUGCUUGAGAAAGCUAAUUAGCCAAAAUGAUCUACUAGCUUGAGAAAAGAGAAUUACUAAAUAUAGUACUAUUAAUAAUAAAUGAAGAGAAAGACGUUAUUUUUUUUACGUCAGCUAGCCUUCUUUCAUAUCAUAAGUUUCAGGAAAAACAAAACUGAUACUAACUAAAUCUAACACCUACGACUGUAAACCCUAUGAUCAGACUUAGGGACGGUCACCCCUGAAAGAGCAACGCGAAUCGCUAACCAUGUAGCGGGAUUGACACAUUCAUCCAUGUUCCCAUAGAUCCAAACAUACUCAAUGACAUAAAAAAGACUGAAUUGCCAAACAAAUUGACAAACCUAAUAACAUAGACGAUAACAAGAAGCCAAAUGACAGAAUAAAAAUAAUUAAUAGGAAAACUUCCACGGACUCUAGCUAGCACCUCAUACAACUCAUGGCGGUGAUUCAGGAGGAGGCUGUAUCCUUAGUACCACUCUAAUUGAUGCUCCAUUAUAGCUAACCGUUGGAGUACAUUUUAAUUUUACUACAAAUGCUUAUGUGGUUAGUUAAGCUAGGAAGGUAAUUUACUAACCGCUUGAGAUAGAUGCUCUAAUAAUAAAAUAUUAGCAGUUAGCUAGAUCACUAAACAAAUCAGAAUACACCAGAUUUAAAUAACUUAUAAUAGAAAUAUGGAGUACAAUAUAAGUAUAGACCUCGUUUGUUUAUAAUGAUUUGUACAAUAAAAUGCGUGGUUGGGGUUCUUCAAUUGGAGAGAAAUGGUUCUAGUUGUUGAAUUGAACAUUAUACAUAAAUAUACAAACAAGUUUUAGUAACAUACGAAGUAACAUGCAAACACUUUCAACAAUUCCUAUUUUUAGUAAAUGGUAAUUUUAUAAAAACAAUACCAAACUUGCUAAUAAAAUCAAAGUCCAUGUAUGUACGAUAUGAAACAGUGCUUAAAUUGUCAUUUUAAUUCAUUUUCAGCAGUGCUUGGUUCGGAUUAUUUUCAAUCUAAAAUUGAUAAUAAGGCUGAGUGCAUCCCUAUUUGUGGAAUUGUUUGAAAAUUAAUUGGUGACAUGGAAGAUUAUAAUGUUUGUAGAAUGAUAGCACUUGUAGAGUAAAAUAUGAAUAUCAUUAUUUGUGAAAAUAGUGACGAGAAUCUGUCAAACCAACUUCAUUUUUGAUUGAAAAUAAAAUUUAUGAUUCAUUUUCUUAUAUUCAUUAGAAAUACUCCUAUAAUUAAUUAAAAUGGAGGAUAUGAUGUGAAUGGCUUUAAAAGGUUUCAGAUUCAACGAUCUGAAAUGUGAAAUGAUUAUUUCGCAGGGAGAAGCUAGGAUGAAUCACUCCCGUAUUAAUGGAGGAUGAUUCGCGUAAAUGCACUCUUAAAUGCCCAUAUCCUAUGCCCAUGCUAUUAUUCUAACCACAGAUAUAUAUCUUUCUCAGCUUUAGUAAAUACAUACCAUUACGUACUCCCACCCUCUUGAUUAACUCUGUUAAGUUAAAAAAAUUACCAAGUACGGAGUAGUUUUUAAGAUAAUCGAUGCAUUACUUUUAAAUGAUUUGACUUAGACAAAGUACUCCGUAAUACAUUACGCAAUUGAGGAAUAAUCAGCACAAACCUUUGAACUAGCUAGAAUUAGGAGUUGUUUACGGUGAACAAUGUCUUUGGGUUGUUUACUUGUUUACGGUGAACUCUGUUAAGUAGUAUAUGGAUAUAAAGUUGUUUACUUUCUGCGUUGGAUAGACGACCUGAAUUGAGUAAAAUAAUCAAUUUAGUAUUCCGUAUUAUUCUUGAGUUGUAAAACCAAUAAGAUAUUUCGUUUAUUAACAUAAACAUACUAGUAUUUUAUAGAGAAAAGUGUCAAAUAGGUCCACCUACUUUAGGCGAAAAGUCAAUUGAGUCCAUCUACUAAUUUUUCAACCAAUUGAGUCCACAUUGUUUAAAAGAAGAGUCAAAUUUGCCUUUUAGCCGGUAGCACGCAGGUUAGCCCGUUUCCCGCUUAUGUGGCAUCUGACGUGGAAGAUGAAUAAAAAUUAUUAAAAAAAACUGUCUCCUCGUCAGCCUUACAAACGAAAUGAGUGAAGUUCAUCUGCGACUAUUUUGGAAAGAACCCUAGCCAUUUAGUUCUUAUCUUCUUAUCUCCGGAACGAAAAUGGCUGUUGCAUCAUCAUCGACUUCCAGUACGAGAAGUGGACGGAACUUCACUCUCGAUUACGAGCCACCAGUGUAUUGCUUCUGUGGACUGAAAGCUCCCCUUUGUAUUUCGAGACAGAGUGGGAGUAAGUUCUAUGGGUGUAAAAAAUGGAAGGUUCAUGGGUGUGGUUAUUUUGCCUGGGCGGAUAGUAUGGAAAGCAGAGGGGUGGCCAACGUUGCAGGGAUGAAUGAAAAUGCAGAUGAUUUGAUGUUCAUGGUUUCAAGAGUUGGUGAACAAUUAAGUGCUCUACAAGGCCAAGUGAAUGGUGUGAGAAGGGUACUUCAAGCAGAUGCAAAGGAUACCAAAAUGUUUAGGAAACUUUGUGGAAUUGAUUUGGUUAUAGUAGUUGGUUUACUGGGAAUGGUUUUUUUUAUAAGUCGAGUACUAUGUAGUGAGAAACAUUGUGUAAUAAUGCAUUGUACUGGGAAUGGUUUUUAUAAGUUAUGUACUAAGUUUACUGGAAAAAGUAGCUGGCUUGUGUACUGGAUGCGGUUGAAACAUUGUGUAUUCUUUUGUGAAACAUUAAUGCAAGAUUAUUAAUUGAUGGA